UCGACAAGUCGCCCGCGUAUCAUAUAUCGUAUUCGUUUGAGAAACAGGCUUGGCAUGUGGUUGAUCGUUGAUUCAAGACAAGAAUGAGGCUAGCCAAGGCAUUCACGUGCACUUACUUUCCCAGCUAACUUUGAAACCUUGGAAAACCCACGUAUAAUCUCACUAUCAUGGAGUGAAACGACAGUGUCUCAUUGCCGUCUAAUAUACCGGCUAGGUAUAUCUGCAUAGUUUAACCCUGCGACCUCCGCUCAUUUCCAAACGAUGAUAGCGAUAAGGUUUUGAGGUACAACCUCUUAUCUACAACAAGUCUCCCUCCUCCAUAUCUUCUACUCAAAAGUGGGUGAUUGAUGGAACAAAUUGCCACAAUAGGACAUUCCAUGAUACUCGAAUAGAUAUAUCCUCUCUAAGGAGUGAGAAUUAAUCUUCAUGGAUGCGAUUUUCAUCGGUACAGCUACGGAAUAAACAAUGAUUGUGGUUCCGCAAACUUGAUUCUCCAGAAGUUGACAUUCCUAAGAUACUACGCGCGAGAUCAACAAUCUCAGCAACAGCUUGGAUAUUGGCAAGCCCAAUUCAAUUCACCACUCUGAAGCCCUACGCGAUUCCUUCUCAUACAUUAUCCAAUAUCCUUUGGGGAUCACUGGAUUCCAGACGACAUAAUGGAUAUGCCAAAGCUUGGCGUUAUUUCGUCACUCCGUGCUGCCACAUACCAACCAGACAAUAUCCCAAAUGCAACAAGAGGAAAUGAAGAUAUUACCAAUCACGACAUGCGUCGUAAAUUCACUAUAUGGUCAAUAUUGGGCGAAGGAUUCUCCCUCACAAAUUCGUGGUUUGGAAUUUCCAGUGCCUUCAUCACAGGUAUUGACUCUGGUGGUCCUGCUCUCUUUGUCUAUGGGAUACCUCUCGUUGCAUCUAUAAGUAUUUGCAUAGGAUGUUCGUUAUCAGAAUUGGCAAGUGCAAUGCCAAAUGCUGCAGGACAACAUUUUUGGACUAUGGAAUUAGCACCCAAGAGAUACGCAAGGCCAUUAUCGUUUGUUACUGGGUAUUGUGCAUGGGCUGGAUCUCUUUUCGCCUCAGCAAGUGUCUCGUUGGCGGUUGCGUCAGCAGUAGUUGGAUGUUGGCAGUUAAAUCAUCCAGAUUUGUAAGUUCUUCCAAGGGUAGUCUGUCUCCAUAUUUAGUAGUAACCUGUCGAUAGUGUCAUUCAUGAAUUGCAUGUUUUUAUUGCAUAUCAACUAAUCAACCUAUUUGCUUUCAUUUUCAAUUGCUAUGGGGCAAUCCUACCUACACUAGGGACCUUUACUCUCUACAUAUCUUUAAUAUCUUUUGGGGUUAUUCUCUUUGCUGUACCAUCGCAAGCCCCAACGCAUCAAGACAUUAAAUUUGUCUUUGCAACAUUUAUUAACAAUACUGGCUGGUCAAAUAAUGGCAUUGCCUUCAUCGUUGGUCUCGUAAACGCCAACUGGGCAUUUUCUUGCCUUGAUAGUGCUGUGCAUCUAGCAGAAGAAGUUCAUCAACCCGAAAUAGUCAUCCCAAUUUCGAUCAUGGCUACUAUUGCGAUUGGUUUUACGACAGCUUGGUUCUUCGUCGUUGCGAUGUUCUUCAGUAUUAAUAACUUUGAUACCAUUGUCGGCACUGUUACAAGGGUACCAAUCCUAGAAUUAUUUUACCAGUCCCUUGGCAACAAAUCUGCUGCAAUCCUUCUAGAGUCCCUCAUCAUGGCAACUGGAAUUGGUUGUCUGAUUGCAUGUCACACAUGGCAAUCCCGGCUCUGUUGGACUUUUGCUCGAGAUGGGGGUCUCCCAUUCCAUAGGUCUCUAGCCAAGAUCAAUGUUACACUAGAUGUUCCAUUACGUGCACAUGGUUUGAGUGCAACAGUCGUUGCUACACUUGGAUAUUUGUAUUUGAUUUCAACAACUGCUUUUAACAGGUAUGCCGUAUACACUCUGAUAUAGAACUGGAGGUCAGUUCUGACAUGCCACAGUAUGAUCAUUGGAUGUAUUGUCCUCCCAUAUGUAUCUUACACUAUUCCCCUCCUAUGCUUGCUUUAUAAAGGUCGUGAUUCAAUCUCACAUGGACCGUUUUGGCUUGGUAGGUAUGGCCAUUUUGCCAACAUAGUAACAAUUAUCUGGACAUUAUUUGCACUUAUUCUGUAAGUUACACACGCCAUCUUUUGGUGAAAAUCUUAACACUCAUCAUACAGGUUCUCAUUCCCAAUACAUCUCCCUGUGACCACAUCCAGUAAGUAUCUUUAAGAGCGUCUAGAAUUGCGCUAAUAUGACAUAGAUAUGAAUUAUAUCAGUGUCAUAUACUGCAUUUUAGCUUGUGUCGCAGGCUUCGAUUGGUUCUUUCGGGGUAGAUUACAGUUUCGACACAAACUUUAUGAAAGAUCAAGAGUAGAGUAUGAGAGUGAGCAGGCAUUGGUAAGAUAUCUCGAGAUAGACUAUGGUCUCAUACAUUUUUGCUAAUAGUGCGAAGUUGCACCAUGAAAUCUCAUAAAGGAUUCAAUUUUUUUAAGGUCACGAGAUGUCGAAUUUCUGUUUCCGACUAGUGGAAGUGACAGCAGGAACACAUCAAAAUUUUUUUGCCAAGAGGCUUCUGGUCAUUGUUUAAACAUCAAUUAUGAUUUUAAAUUGGGAAGACUCUUGAUCCAAAGGACAUUCACUCGCUACCGACUUCUGUGACUUCAAUGAGUAUGUAAAAAUAUCGCAACACAACACCAUUUUUUAGAAGUCUAGCUAAUCUAUCACAGCGCUCCACCAUCUCGUUCUAUGCUACCUUCCACUGCCAAUUUCGUCUCUUUCAAGAUCUGACCUUUCUUCCACUCCACCAUUUACUCCCUAUUUACAAAGAAGUCCAGAGGUUACUUUGAAUAUAAGUAACAUAGUUACCAAGUCUGGAGUAAACACCAGCAUAACCAGCUUCAGCACAUCCUUGACCCCAGGAGACAGUUCCCUCUAA